AAUCCAGUAUUUGGAUUUUGAUUGUUGUGAUGCAAAAAAUCUAAACACGACCGAUCUCGUGAUGUUUCUCCGGCUGCUAGCUGUUCUCGGCCCGUGGAUACCGUGAGAAUGUGCCUGCGAAGGUGUGAGAGAAACAGUCCGUUGACGCGUUGCUACCGCACAUCCACACCAUCCUCUAGUCCAGCGUGCAACAUCGACGAUAAAUGGAACCAUAAACAAAAGACACAUCUCUCGUACGCUGCGCGCAGAUAAGCACGUCGGCUAUCUCUUUGUUCAUUGCAGUUUGUCCGACUGUGGACUCUUCUGCCCCGUCUAUUUCUCCGCAGUCUUCAAACGCUGUGUGCCAAAGAGACGCGAUGAAGACGUGCUGCGUCUACAAGUGCGGUGCCUGCAAUGCCGACGCUGUGUCGCUCUUCAGGUUUCCGAGGGACCGGAGUCUCAGGGAUAAGUGGUUGGGGAUGAUCGGCGUGGUCAGCUUCAAUCCCCAUAAUUCCCAUGCGGUGUGCUCCAGACAUUUCACAGCGGACCUGAUAGUGCAGGCGGGACGAGCGGCGCGACUCAGGGAGGGUGCCUACCCGACACUGCGGCUCGAAAGACCGCCGGCUGCGGAGAGCGCAGGAAAACUAGAAGUCGGUCGUGCCGCAGUACAAGAGGACACACUGCCUUCUCCGACGGAUAAAAAUGCACACUCUGGGGACUGUGGCCUAAUGCCUCCUCCUAAUCUGCUCCCGGGUGGACAGUGGAACAAUUCUUUUGUGGUGAAAGAAGAGCGCCAGGAAGAGUCUGCCAAUUCACCCUCCGAGGGCUGGCGUUGUGAAGACAUCGAUGGACUGUCCCCUUCCCAUGGGCACCUGAACGUAGAUGAAGCAGCCGCCGUCGUAGUGAAAAAAGAGCCUGAGGAGAUUCUUGGCACACCAAUGGGUGAAGACAUGCAUUCCGAGGACUGUGGCAGAGCUUCUUCCUUUCCACUACACUUGGAGGGAGGGAUGGAUAAUACUUUUGCAGUGAAAGAAGAGUUGGAUGACAGGUCUGCUUUUUCGACCUGUGAGGACUUCUAUCGUGAAGACGCUCACUGCCUCCCUUCUUCCCAUGACCACCUGGAGAAAGACGAGGCGACUCCUGUUGUUGUGAAGGAUGAGCCUGAUGAGUUAGCCGCCCUUCACAUUGAAGAUGAGGGCUCAUAUUCCGCGGCCUUGGACCCCCUAGCGACAAAUCAAGUUCCCCUGGAGGGACACUGGAGCGACUGUCCUCUGCCUGUGAUUGAAGUGCCGGACGAGAUAUUGCCCUCUUUGACGGUCGGAAGCUCCCGCUACGAGGACUGCAGCAGAAUGCCUCCUUCCCAGCUGGGCCUGGAGGGAUGCUGGAGCAACAACUCUAUUGUGAAGGAAGAGAAAACCGAGUUUCCUGCUGUUCAGACCUCCGAGAGCUCAUGGUCUGGACUCUCGGGCUCCAAGUCCCCCCGGCGAGUGAACCAGGAGGAACACUGGGGGAGCGGCCCCGUGUGCAUCAAGCGAGAGCCAGAGGAUACACCCGCCGCUUCACCCCGCGAGGCCUCGGAUUGGGAGGACACUUGCGGCCCGUGCACUUCCCCCGAGCCCCCUAACGAAGUCCAGAGGGCCGCUAUUGUCCUGAAGGAGGACCCGAACGAGUUUGCUGCUCUUCGGAUUGACGAGGGCUGGGACUCCGGUGCUCUCGGCUCCGCAUUGCCUUCUCCGGUGCAGCUGAAGCAACACUGGAAAGACACUCCUCUGUGCCCAAGAGAAGUGCCGGACGAGAUGCUCCCCUCUUUGACGGGCGGAAGCUCCUGCUACGAGGACUGCGGCAGAAUGCCUCCUUCCCAGCUGGGCCUGGAGGGAUGCUGGACCGACAACUGUGUUGUGAAGGAAGAGAAAACCGAGUUGCCUGCUGUUCAGACCUCCGAGGGUUCGUGGUCUGGGCUCUCAGGCUCCAAGUCCCCACUGCUGAUAAACCAGGGGGGCCACUGGGGGAGUGGGCCUGUGCGCGUCAAGCAAGAGAAAACUGAGUUGCCUGCUGCUCAGACCUCCAAGGGCUCAUGGUCUGGACUUUCGGGCUCCGAGUCCUCACUGCAAGUGAACCAGGAGGGACACUGGGGGAGUGGCCCCGUGCGCAUCAAGCGAGAGCCAGGGGAUACACCCGACGCUUCACCCUGCAAGGCCUCGGAUUGGGAAAAUGCUUGCGGCCCGUGCACUUCCCUCGAGCCCCCGAACGAGGUCCAGAAGACUGCAGUUGUCCCGAAGGAGGACCCGGACGAGUUUGCCGCCCUUCGAAUUGACGAAGGCUCGGGCUCCGGUGCCCUUGGCUCCGCAUUGCCUUCUCCGGUGCAGCUGGAAAGACACUGGGAAGACACUCCUCUGUGCCCGGGACAAGAAACAGAUGAUGCAUCUGCUGUUCUGAGAAUCAAGGGCUUGGACUGUGAAGGUGCAUGUGGCCCGUCCUCUCCUCUCAGGCCUGUGAACGGAGUUGAGGCAGCCACUGCUGUCGUGAAGGGAGAGCCAGACGAGUUUGUCACUCUUCGGAUCGACGAUGGCUCCUGCUUUGAGCCCUUGGAAUCACUGUUGUCGUUGCAAGUGCAGCUGGAGGGACCCUGCAAGGAAGGUCCCCUGCGCCACCUCAUUGAAGAUCUGGUUGAUGGGGAAGAUAAGAGCACCGACCGUGUCAAGAGCAGCAGCCUAACCUUUUCCCAAGGCCAAUUGGAUGAGAAACGCCGGAAGACGUGGAAAUGUGGGAGUAUGAGGCACGAGUGCCGUUUCUGCCCUUACUCCAGCGCCUCCAGAAACACUGUCACCGAGCACGAAAGAAUACACACAGGAGAGAAGCCCUUCAAGUGCAAUUACUGCCAGAGGGCAUUUACUUUCAAAUCCAGCUUAGAUUAUCAUGUGAGAACUCACACGGGUGCAAAGCCUUUCAAGUGUAACGUCUGCCAGAGGGCGUUUGCCGGCAGGUCCAGCUUAAUGGUUCACUUGAGAAUUCACACGGGUGAAAGGCCUUACAAGUGCAGCGUCUGCCCAAAGACAUAUGUCAAAAGGUUCAGCUUGGACAUCCAUGUGAGGAGUCACACGGGAGCAAGGCCUUUUAAGUGUAGCAUCUGCCAGAAGGCAUUCACCAGCGGGCACAGCUUAAAGGUUCACGUGGAGACUCAUUCGGACUCAAGGCCCUUUACAUGUCCCAUCUGCCCUAAAGCAUUCCGACAAAGGUCUCGUCUGGAUUCUCAUGCUAGAGUUCACCGUACUAAGAAGUCCUCAGAGAGGCACAAAAAGAUACGCGACGAUGGACCCCCCUUCAAGUGCAGCUCUUGUUGCAAAGUGUUUACAGAGAAAGGGCAGCUGGAAGCUCAUGGAGUUGUUCACAUGGGUAGAGAGCCCUUGAAAUGCUCGGCUUGCCCGAAAGUGUUCCGAUGGAAGUCUCAGUUGAAUCUUCACAAGAGCAUACACUCAAGUGAAAAACCCUAUGAAUGUGAUAUCUGUGGCAGAAGAUUCAAGUGGAAGGUCAACUUCACGGUUCACCAAGUGAAGCACUCUAAUGCAUUACUCUUCAAGUGCCCUACUUGUCCAAAAGUGUUUCAGUGGAAGUCUAGCUUGAGUAGUCAUCAAAGAGUUCACAAACGUGAAAGGCCAUACCGAUGCCGCACAUGUCCAAAAGCCUUUCGAUUGAAGGCCAGCUUGAUGCAGCAUGAAUUGUUUCACCAAGGUACAAUGACUUACCGAUGCAUCACAUGUUCCAAAGCAUUCCGUCUUGAGUGUCACUUGAAGCAUGAAAAGGCUCUCAAACGUGAAAAAUCCUGCAGAUGUAAUACCUGUAGUGAAGCACAUGCUGAUAAACAUUGCUUAGAUGAUCUCGAGGCGGUUAGCGUGCACAAGAAGCCGUUCAAAUGCUCCAUCUGCUCGAGAGCGUUUUACUGGAGGUCUAGCUUGAAGGCUCAUCGAAUGACUCACAUAGGUGAAAUGCCCCACAAAUCCAAAAGCCGUGACAUUUCAGUUGAAGAACAGCACCCAAGUGCUCAGAUGGCAGGUCCCCCAAAAAGACAGUUUCUAUUACCACCAAAGAGCUAUCCAAAUGCCUCUUCAAAUCAAAAAGUGUUUCAUUUGAAGUUUCCCUUUAGUGUUCGUUCAAUUGUUUACAAAGGUAAGAUAUACAAGUGCAAGACGUGUGCGAUGGCAUUCACCCGUAAGCAACUCUUGGGAGCUCACCUUGGAGUCCACACAGGAUGAAAGCCCUUUCAGUGCCUCGCAUGCACAGACAAGUUUCCGUGGUAGCCUGCCCUGAAUAGUCAUGAGUGUUGUCACAAGGGUAAAUUUUGCUACAAAUGUAAAACUUCGGACAAGGAAUGCACAGAGAAACUGCUUUUGGUUGAUCAUCAAAUAAUUCAUGUACUUGAGGCUAUGUACACAUAUUACCUUUGGAACAGCAUUCAUAGAGUGGGGACUUGGAAUCCCUUCAGCAUGCACAUAUGUGCAAAAAGCCGUGAGGGUCAAACAUUGAUCAAUAAGGGAUUGAUGCAACUUACUGAAUUACGAUGGUGUCUAGAAAGAUUUUUCAUAAAAUCUGUGGAGCACUUCAGCAUAUCUCCUAUUUCUCAGAAAAUUUUUUUUCUUUCAUAUGAAAUCUUAUUUUUCUCGUGGGUGUGAAGAACGGGAUACUGCCACAUUUCACGAGUGAUAUACAGGGUGUCUCAAAUAGUGGCCAGGCUCUUUAAAUUGACCGCAAAAAUCGGUUUCUUAACCUGUCGCGGUACGAUUUUGUGCAGCGUUGCCCACAGGUGGUGCAUUUUUUUUUUAAAUAAAAUUUGCAAAGAGCGAACUUACCUGCAGAAAAAGUAAAAAAAAUAAAAAGGCUUAACUCCUAUGGAAAUGCAGCGAAGUCACCGGUCUUGAAGCAAUAGGGUGCCAUUUGGCACGGAAGACAAGAGAUGGCACAAGUGGUUGUGAUGCCAAUUGGCGCCAAAGAACGAGCACACGGCACCAAGAGCCGGCGUCAAAAGGCAGACAAUAUUUUUGACUCAAAAGCGGUGCAAGCUUUUUCAAUUUCAGUUACCAAUGCAUGAUUUUAUCAUCCUUACUAAUAAAGCAUUGAAUGGACAUUUAAUUGAUUAAAAGAUGGUUUAUCGGGUUAUUUUGACUACUUUUUUGCGGUACUGAUGUUGUCUGCUUUGCAGUUCCUUGUUACCACGCCUGUUUUUGGUUCUGUGAAUGUUGGCGCCUGCGGAACGCACGCUGCUUUUGAGUUGAAAAGAUUGUCUACUAAUGACGCUGGCUCUCGGCGUCGUAUGCUCAUUUGUUGGCGGCAGUUGGCGUCGCGACUGCUUGCACCAUCUCUUGUCUCCCCGGUCAAACAGAUCCCUAUUGUUUGAAGACCGGUGGUUUCGCUGUGUUUCCAUAGGAGUUAUGCCUUUUUAUUUUCUUUUAAUUUUUCCUCGAGUAAGUUUGCUCUUUGCAAAUUAUAUAGAAAAAAUUCACCACCUGUGGGCAACGCGGUACAAAAUCAUAGCGUGAUCGGUGAAACAGAUUUUUGCGGUCGAUUUAAAGAGUGGCCACUAUUUGAAAGACGCUGUAGUUUGGCAUCUUUUGUACAGUAAAACCUCGUUAAUUCAAAUCUCAUGGGACCGGCAAAAAUGUCCGAAUUAUCCAAAAGUCGAAAUAUCGAAAGGACAAGGAAAACUGCGCGAAAACGUUUCCCUGUGACAUACUUUUAUUUUGAGAAGAAAUAUGUUAUUACCGCCUGCUUUCUGGACGACACUUGGGCGGAGACGGCAACUUUCCUUAGCACGGUCCAGUGCUCCACCGCACUCGCACUGUCGGAGCUACGCAUCCCGUGCGCUGACAGUAUAGCACAGCAAGGCCUCUUCUAGUUUCGGGUACACCACCUUCCACGACCGCUUUCUUUUCGCGUUGAACUUUUCGCUCUCGAAAGCCCGUAGGAUAUUGGCCUCAAUUUUCACGUACGUGGCCAAACUGCUUCUCUUGACGUCGUAACUUUCCAUCACUUGUCGAGAGACGCCGUCCUUCAAGGCCCUCAGUAUUUCCACUUUCGUCGCUAAAUUCUUACCCUACUACAGCUGCAACGGAAAACGAGUAGCACAACUGACCAACAAUCGGAGAGGCAAAAUCGCGACACCUAGCGCUAUUUUUCCCGAGUGCGCCGAUAGCGAGAGUGCCAGUCACGUUGCAUUUUUCAACGGGGGGGGGUGGCUGGCGAAAAAUUGAGGGAUAAGAUAGCUGUUAAAAUGGCGGGCUUUAGGAUCCCCGCGUUGAGACAUAAAAUGUGACUGUCACUCUUGCUAUCGGCACGCUCGGGAACAAUAGCCCCGCGUGUCGCGAUUUUGCCAUUCCGGUCGUCGGUCACUUGUGCUACCCUUUUUACGUUGCAGCUAUGCUUCUGCCGCUUCCAUGCCAGGAGAGUGAUGCACUGAAGCACGGCAAUCCAGAGCAAAACUGGUGCGAAACACGGAGAACCGGAAGAGCGAAGAACCAUGGGAAAGCCGGAACAACCAUGUGUGUACCUCGGAUGGAGAGUGGUCAUACCCUUUGGAACGGACAUUAGCUAGCGCCACCUGCUGAAUUCGUCCGUAUUAACCAUAGUGGGCUGCAUUCCCUCCAAAUUAAUGAGCGUUUGCUGCCAUUGACUAAUACAUACGUUUGACGGGACCGGAUCAGCAGUUCAAAUUAUCCGAAUUUGCGAAUUAGUGGGGGUUGAAUUAACGAGGUUUUACUGUAUUCCCCUUUUAUACUGUAUAGUACCUUGGAGGGCUUCAUGUUGAAAAUCUUGCAUUGAGUGGCACCCUACGAAAGCUAGCUCUGAGUUUCUAAUGACCGAGAUGCUGUUAAUUUCAAAGGCUGUUUAUUUGGUCAUGCAGCAAAACUUAUGCUCUGGAACAAAACUUUUUGAUUACAAAAAGAAAAUGUAUGUGGAUAAAGCAUCACUUUGUAUAUGAAGUUUAAGUGUACAAUCUUAUGCAAUCCUGUACCUAAGAAAGCAAGUAUUUGCAACUUACAUUUAAACUUUUUUUUUUUUUGGGGGGGGGGGGGGGGGGGGGGAGUAGGGGGCACUGAGAGCUGUCAAUAUUUAUGUGGCAAGGGAGCAUUGUCAAUGUGACUAUUAUCUUUUAAGCCCUGAUUGAGUUUGAAGUGUCUAGGGCUUUCCUCUGUCUGCAUGUCUUGUGUGAGGAAUUGAAUAAAUGAAGUGCACUUUCAUUCAGUCCUCCUGUUAUUCACUGCCUUCUUACAGGAGCUGGCUCUCCACUGUAAAAAACAUUGACCUACAAUGCUUAAAAAACAAAAAAAAAACAAAAAAAAUCACCAGGGGGCUUUUUGUUGCAGUUCUUGCUCCAUUUAACAUUGGUUUGAGGCUUCAUUGACACCAACAAAAAGAUUGGUGUCAAUGAAAGGAAAUGUUGAUGCUAGAGACAGUAGUUGACUUCAUUCGUUUUUAUUAACUUAAAUAUGAUUCCCAGGGGUCCACUCUAUUUCCUAAAGCAAAUAAAAUUUUGUAUUAAUGUAGUUUGUAUUAUAAAUAAACAACUUAAAAAAGAAAUGAAAAUAUGGGGCAAUAAUUACCUCAGGCUCCAUCUAAUUAAUUUCAAUAUAGAUCUUUAGGAUACAGAAGACAGCAAUACCAAGUCACGAGAACGUUGUAAGAACCUGUGUAAGACACUGGCACUUAAACAAAAAACUGAAGCUGAGAAAAUUCCUGUCAGUUUUUUCCAUAGAGUUAUU